CUAACUGCUUCCUCCUCUUCCUCUUUCCCCCCUUAGUCAAAUCCCACGCAAAUUGUCUUCAAAGUAUUAAAAUCGUGGUCUUGUAGUUGAAAUUCUCAGAUAUCACAAGAAAAUUACAAAAAAAGGGGAAAAAGAAAGCUUUUUCAUUUUAAUCCCAAAAUAAUCAAGCUCCCCUGCUUUCUCCUCUGUUUUUUCCUUUUUUAUUGCAGAUAAGAAAAUGUCCUCAAGUGUCUGUCAAGGGUUGCAAUCAUGCCUCGAGCCAAGGUUCAUUGAACCACGUGUUUUGUGGCUCAAACCAGGUCCAUCCAAACCCACUUUCACCGCUUCCGGAGAUGCUGCCCCUGCCACGGCCAGUUAUCAAACCAAGACGACAUUGGCCACCACCGCCAUCAUUUCGGGCAAUGAUUACAGCGCUAAGAAAAGCCGAAAUGCUGACUUGGGUGGGUGGAGUUUCCUGCAAUCCCUCACCACCAUCAAAGAUUCUGCCGUGAACGAACCAGUCUAUAUCCAUCCGACGGUGAAGCGGUCUGCUUCCAUGCUGAGCGAGAAGAGCCUAGAAAUGUGCACAGAGAGCUUGGGGAGCGAAACCGGGAGUGACGUUAGCGAGAACAGCUAUGAAAUUGAAAUUCCCCUGCUUUCACCUGAAACUGAAACCGGCAACCCAUCAAAACCGAGCCAAAAUUCAAAAUGGAUGCACCGGAGCAACAGCUUUCCACCUCCCCUGACAUCCAUGAGCAGUUCUAGCAGUGUUCAGAUGAGGCCACACCGUGAAGGCGGCCGGCUAGUUCUCCAAGCCGUUACUCUGCCUUCACCUCACUCUUACUUCCAUGCUGAACGCAGCGAGGGGCGGCUCAGGCUCUACCUGGUGAAGGAUUCUCCUCCUAUCUCAGACAAUGAAGAAGAAAGCCUUGAAGAGGAGGAAGAGGAGGAGGCGGCGGCCGCUGCGAAAGAGGAGGAGGAGGAGGAGGAAGCAUAUUGGGGAGGGGAUACAGGGGGAAUAGUGGAAAUGGUGAGAAUGAAAUCGGGAUGGGAAAGUUUCCAAGGCCAAGCAGGUGCAAGGAAGGUGGAAGUGGCAAUAGAAGCAUGCUGAAUUGGAAGCCAUUUUUGGUGGCUACUUGGAAAAAUUUCUACCAUUGGAUCUUUUUUUCCCCUUUCUUUUUUUUUUUUUAGUUUUCGAAUUUUUGUUGAUGUCCUAAUUUUCAGUUUUUUAUAGUUUAACUGUUGUAGGUCCCAUACCAUGGGAUUUCAUAAAAUAUGCUAAUGGUA